UGUACCACAAUAAUGGCCGCAUCUCUGUUGCUGAGAAAUGCAUGCCGCCGUACAUUGCUCCAAGGCUAUGGAACUAAUCCCGCUCUACCGCUGAUGGCAGCACGCACGAUCGUCCUGAAGCCGGUGCCAGCGGACGUUCGUCCUGGGGAAUCGCACGACGACCGCAAUGCACGUCUGAAGCGACCACAGUCACCGCAUCUGACCAUCUACAGCUUCCAGCUGACCAGCAUGCUUUCGAUUACGCAUCGCUUCACCGGACUGGCACUGACCGGUUACAUUACCGCGUUGGGACUUGGUGCAUUGGCCAUGCCACACGAUGCCACCCACUACCUGACGAUGCUCGAAGGACUCAGUGCACCGACACUGAUUGCGCUCAAGUUCACACUUGCUUAUCCGUUUGCGUACCACACGGUGAAUGGUGUGCGCCAUCUGUUCUGGGACAUGGGCAAGUUCCUGACGAUCAAGGAGGUGUACACCACCGGUUACACGAUGCUGGGCGUUUCCGGUGUGCUGGCAGGAUUGUUGACGGCGCUGUAG